AUGGAGCAAAACGCUACAGAUAGAAAGACCAGGAGGAGUAAAAUCCCGGAAAUGGAAUUGAGCUUCGAAGGGCUGUUCGGGUUGCUGAAGCUGUGUAGAUUCAGAGAUGGGAGCGGGAAAGACGGGAGAAAGUCUUUGAUUCUAUACUUUUCCCAGUUCCGUUGCUACGCGGGCUUUACUAGAGUUUAUGUCUAUACAAACACUGAUAAGAAACUGAAAAAUGUUUACUGUUUGAAUCAACAGGUGAAGAAACAGAUUGAGACGCACAGUAGGCAAGGAUUUUCAAAUCUACCAAUCUGCAUGGCAAAAACACAAUACUCCUCACAUGACGCUGCAGAGAAGGGAGCGCCGAGCGGAUUCAAGUUGCCCAUAAGGGACGUGAGGGCUAGCAUUGGUGCUGGCUUCACUUACCCUUUGGUGGGAACCAUGAGUACAAUGCUAGGACUCCCUACAAGACCUUAUGCUUUAUACACUAUAUUUCUUUUUGGACCUGUAACAAUUUUGUCUAGUAUAAACUAUCAUGCACAACUCAAGACGAAUUCAAAUCAAAGUCACGUAUGGAUAAUAAAAGUUCGGGACAGUUACUUUUAUGGUCAAGGUUCGAUUUAUCCCUGA